UGUGCGUGAACGCAGCACACACUCACCGCUGAAACUCAUUCAUCAUGGCUUCAUCCUUAUCAAGCUAGCCGUUGUCGUCUACGCGCUAACUCAGGUCAUGUGAACUAAUUAAAAAGCGUUUCCUAACGUCACUCGUGCGCCGGUAACCGUCUCUACAUCGCGGUAAUAAAUAAUUUGUUGAAUAUUUGAAAGUUGAACGACAGCUUCCGCGGAGCACUGGGAACUAACGUCUCGUGUUAUGGGAGAGGCACGGAGGUCGGACAAACCGCGGACUGUCAACACUAAUGUCCGAGUAAAACGAGCCGCUGCCGCUUUGACAGCUGCCUGGUUAUAUUGUAGCACUGGUCUACCCUAAAACUGAAUCAUGCCUGGGAAACUGAAGGCCAAAAUUGUGGCAGGACGCCACUUGCCUGUGAUGGACAGAGCCAGUGAUCUUACUGAUGCUUUUGUAGAGGUCAAGUUUGGAAACACAACUUUCAAGACAGACGUCUUUCCCAAAUCCCUCAACCCACAGUGGAACUCUGAGUGGUUCAAAUUUGAGGUUGACGACGAGGACUUGCAGGAUGAGCCUCUGCAGAUCACAGUAUUGGACCACGACACUUACAGUGCUAAUGAUGCCAUAGGGAAAGUUUACAUUGACAUUGACCCACUGCUGUGCACUGAAGCGGCUUCUGUAAUCUCUGGCUGGUUUCCCAUCUAUGACACCAUUCAUGGUAUCCGAGGGGAGAUCAAUGUCCUCGUUAAGGUGGAGCUCUUCAAUGAUUUGAACCGCUUCAGGCAGUCGUCAUGCGGGAUCAAGUUUUUCUGCACUACAUCCAUUCCACGGUCUUACCGGGCAGCAAUGGUGCAUGGAUUUGUGGAGGAGCUCGUUGUGAAUGAGGAUCCAGAGUACCAGUGGAUCGACCGUAUCAGAACACCGCGGGCCUCCAAUGAGGCUCGUCAGAGGCUCAUCUCACUUAUGUCUGGAGAGCUCCAGAGAAAAAUAGGGCUUAAGGUACUGGAGAUGGGUGGGAAUGCGGUGGUUGGCUAUUUGCAGUGUUUCGACCUGGAGGGGGAGUCUGGCCUGGUGGUCCGGGCCAUAGGUACCGCCUGCACGCUGGACAAAAUCAGCUCUGGAAGCGCCCCCAACACCAACACACACAUUCACCCUAACACAGCCCCUGCUUCCAAUGCCUGCAAUUCCCCUUCAAAGGAUGGAAAGGAGCCGGUAUUUGGUGAGGAUCUGCCCUCGUCCUCCGGCCCGCCUACCCCUUUCAGAGCCCUUCCCACCUCCUCCUCCUCUCCUCCCCCCUUCUCUCCCUCCAAGCCAUGCAGCCGCCAGUCCUCAUCAUCAGACACAGACCUCAGUUUGACGCCAAAGACGGAGGAGCCCCGGUCAGUGAGACGCAGACCCGGAAUCUUCCUCUGCCCCAGCUCCCCCACCCUCUCCACAGACACUCUGUCCCUUCCUGGUAUUGGCUCAGUGGGCUGUGGUCAAGGCUCUGCCCCCAGAGCAGCCACCCCGCCCCCUCUGUCCUCCAUCCACUCAGACCCUGCCUUGCUGAGAAAGAGCGUGUCCUUCACUGAGGACCUGCUGCUGGCAGCCUCCGGGAUGGGCAGCGGCAGCGCCGGCAAGGAGGCGGGGCCUCUGAAGACACUGCUCAGACAACAGACGCAGACGGCUCUCGAGCAGAGGGGAGCGUCUUCCUCUGGGUUAUUGUUAAACGCCAGGGAAUUCCCCUUUUUCACCUUGACUUCUUUCCCACUCGGUUUUCUGGUUCACGUCGGUGGAGUGGUCAGCGCUCGCUCCGUCAAAUUACUGGACCGCAUCCACAACCCUGCCUUGGGUAACACGCGCUCAUACAAACUGCUAGACUGGAAUAGUGUCACUGCAGAUGAGCCAGAGACUCGUGAUGCGUGGUGGGAAGAGAUCCGCCAGGAGAUCAAAUCUCAUGCCAAAGCUCUCGGUUGCCAUGCUGUUAUAGGCUACAGUGAGAGCACCAGCAUUUGUGAGGAGGUGUGUAUUCUGUCAGCAUCGGGCACAGCAGCCAUCCUGAACCCUCGGUACAUGCGUGAAGGCUGUCUAGACAUGGGAAGCACCGACCACAGGUUUGAGGAGCCAUCGCCCCCCAGCUGUGGUUUCUGUCACAUCCCGUACGAUGAGCUCAACAUGCCAUUUCCUGCCCAGCUCACAUAUUGCUAUCACUGCCGAAGACAAAAGGUUCCUGAUGUGCUAUUUACAACAAUUGACUUGCCACCAGAAGCAGCUGUCACAGGGAAGGGUUGCCUUAUCCAGGCCAGACUCUGUCGCCUGAAGAAGAAAGCCCAGGGAGAAGUGAAUGCGACGGCCAUCUCCAACCUGCUGCCCUUCAUGGAAUACGAGCUGCACACUCAGCUGAUGAAUAAGCUGAAGCUGCGGAGCAUGAACGCUCUGUUCGGUCUGCACAUACAGAUCAGUGUUGGCGAGAACAUGCUCCUGGGUCUAGCUUCUGCAACAGGGGUGUACCUGACGGCCCUGCCGGCACCAGGCGGCAUCCAGAUUGCGGGGAAGACGCCCGGCGACCUGAGCAACGAGCACCAUAUCUUGACCAUCCAGAAAAGGAUCAAUGACACCAUAGCCAAGAACAAAGAGCUCUAUCAAAUCAACCCACCGAAAUUAUUUGCCCUGGACCCUGAGGUGUUCUGCGGCAUAAACAUGGAGCUGACUGAGGAAGGGGUGGGUUCUCCGAUCCCUGAGCCCAGGCAACGAUCCAGGCUCUUUCGCUCCCACUCAGAAAGUUCAGAUGAGCUGUCAGAACUGGAUCUGUCCCACGGCAAAAAGGAUGCAUUUGUCUUGGAGAUUGACGACACAGAUGCUGUGGAGGACAUUCAUUCCCUCCUCACUGAUGCAUCUCCACCCACAGGUUUCUACAGUUGCAACACUGAGAUCAUGCCUGGGAUUUAUAACUGGACUUCAGUAGUACAGAUGUUCACAUCCGUGAGGGUCUUCAGGCUGAGCAACGCCAACCUUACAAAUCAAGGCUUAAACAAGAUCUUCACUGACCUUUGUGAGAAUCUGCUGAAGAGUUUUUACUUUAAGUUGCGAUCCAUGAUCCCCUGCUGCCUUUGUCAUCUCAACUUCACUGUAGCUGUGCCAGAAGAAGACCUCAUUCAGGUGGCAGUGACGGCCGUUUCCAUGACUUUUGACAGCGAUCAGACUCAAGAGAAACCAGCAGAGAAGUCCGUCACCAAAGGGACCAAUGAGACUGAAGAGCAGCUACAGUUUCCCUUGGAGUUGUGCGCAGACUCAUCAUCUGUGAACACUCAACCAUCUUCCAAAAUCUCAGGUAUCCCAGAGAGUACAGUCUCAUCCAGAGCUGCCUCCGUUGAUUACGGUUCCUUUGCAGACAGAUGCAGCACCUGGCUAGAGCUGCUUAGGCUGAAAGCUCACACCAUAAGACGAGGAUCAGUUAAGACAAGUAGGAGGACACAGUCUCUAGCACACUCUGUCUCAUCUUUGGACCGCAGCAGUCCGGUGCCUGAAGGACGUUCCCGAUCGCUUCGCUCCAGCCGCUCGUUUGGAGGCACCUCGGUAACCGUGGUGAAGAUGACGCCGCUCUCCUUCCUCCCUGGGACUCGCAUCAUUAAAUACCUUGGAAUCAUCAACAUGUUUUUUAUCAGGGAGACGACAUCGUUACGAGAGGAGGGUGGUGUUAGCGGUUUCCUCCAUUCGUUCAUAGCAGAGGUGUUUGCGAUGGUUCGAGCCCAUGUAGCAGCCCUGGGUGGCAACGCAGUUGUGUCCUACAGCAUGAAAGAGUGCAUGCUAAUGGAAAAUCCAAACAAGAACCAGGCGCAGUGUCUAAUUAAUGUGAGUGGUGAUGCAGUUAUUUGCGUCAGAGAAAACGACUUGGAGCCCGCGGCCUCGACGACGAGUAUCGGACAGACCUGUUGUAGCGGCACAGAUGUGGCUACAUGACAGUGAAACAGACAAUGAUUCUGUGCGCUGGAAGAACAAUCUGAGUGAACACACUCUCUGAGUCUAGCCGUCCAAAUCUUAUGAUUUACGUUUGCCUUAAAACUCUAAAAGAUCCAAAGGUUUGGACACAGGUAAUAAAGAUCCAUUAUCUCACGCACUCAAAAACAUACAGUCUGUAUAGGUUUAGAAGUGCAGGAUGUUCCUCUGUAAGUUUUUCUGUUUUUUAAAGAGAGCAUUUGUGCAGGGGAUACCAGUGUGGCUCAGAGAGUAUUUCAGUACAAUUUGCUUCAAACUGGCCAAAGUAGCUAAGUUUUGAUUUGUAUUACAGCCGUCCAGUAUAUUGAGUAACACUUGAGGCAGCUAUAAGUAAUUUGUCUGUCCACUGAUUUCAGACGUCGUCGAAUUGAAUGGCUGUCCUAAAAGGGACUCACUGUGAGUGAGUUUGUGUACAAUCUGGUGAUUUUAAAUGUAGUCAAAUUCUUGCUCAGUGUUUGGCUCUAUGUCGAAUAAAUGCAUCUAUUCAGAUCCAAGUGGCCAGAAUACGUGUUGGGCAAAGCCAGUUUUUAAAUUUCAACAGGCUGGUGCUUUUCCUCAGAACAGAAAAUUGAAGUACGAUUCCAAACAAGCCUGUCACCCAUUUCGUUAUUUCAUUGGCGUCCAGUUUUAAGUCUCUAUGCCUAAUUUUUAGAUUUUAUAUUGAUUCUGCUGAGGAGUCCAAUCAUUGAGCAAUUACGUAUUGCUCAGAAGCAGUAAGCUACAGGAUUGUUUAGCAAGUGUCAAAUAAUGGUGUCCAUAAUUAGACUUAUUUUUAUUUCUGGGAGUGACUUAAGUUACAUCUGAUCUGCGAAAAAGGAGGUCACGAUUACAGCCAUAACAUGCACAUACUUUUGUAGAGUAACGAUAUUCCCUGUAGAACUUCUGUUCUCACAUAUUCCAGUGACUAUUAAAUCGAAGCUAAUAGAUUGUAUCGUUUUGUUGGAAAUAGAUUUAAUCAAGGGUAUAAUAGGUAUGCUUUUUUAUUGAAUUACAGUGGAGUGAGUGGGGAAAAUGGCGAUGGGUACAAAAGGAUAUAAGUGAAACCAAGUGGCUCAUUGAAAUAAAGUCUUUGAGGUGGUUUUUACUUUAUUAAGUCUCUAUAAUUGAAGCACUUCUUGCUUCCCUUGCAGCUCUAGGAUCACAUCCUCUUCUUGAUGCGUCUGCCUCUCAUAUUUCACACGGCCGAGCUUCCUCACUGUUGCUUUGGUCCUUAUGCUCAUGUUAAUAACAUCGAAACUGCUCUGACAUUCAUGUUGUGCUGGGAAAAAAAAGGCUUCUCCUAGUUGUGGUUGCCACUCAAAACUAAAUGUUCUCUAAAAAUCAGAUUGCAGUAUUUUUGUAACAUAAAGUUUAUGAAUCCGACUACUCCCACUUGUGCUAUUAUUUUAAGUCGCUGUGUCAGAGAAUUAGUGGUACUCUAAUCUGUGUGAUUGGCAGUUUGUGAUCAGUUUCCUAUAUUUUUAUCUAAAACUUGAAUGUAAAUACAGUCUGUGGAUGCUUUGGCUUUUUGACUAGCAGCAUGCAGAUCCACUUUUUAUUGCCAUGAAUCUGUAUGCUUGCCUGUUAAGUCUUGCACAAUAAACUCAAGUCAAGCUGUU